AUGGAGGCUUCGCGGCGAGGCGUGCUGAGCGCGCCUGGCUGGGGCGUCCUCGGUGAGACUGGGCUCCGUCACUCGGGAGAAACUCGGGGCAGACUGAGAGGACAAGGUGCCAGUGCAGGGGCCGCUUUCCGAAACUUGGAGCGUUCUUUUUUUUGCAUCCUCAGUACAGAGCGUGCAGUGAAUUCUAAUGCCAGCUUUUCUUCUGACUAGGUCUCUCAGGCUGCAGCAGAUUUGAAGCAGUUCUGCCUGCAGAAUGCACAACAUGAUCCCCUGCUGACAGGAGUAUCAUCAAGUACAAAUCCAUUCAGACCCCAGAAAGUUUGUUCAUUUUUGUAA